AUAUAUAAAUACAACACUCGACCGUCGAUAUUCUUAGUGUUGACGAUAUAAGCGGAUGACCGGUACGCUUCGAAAAAGAUAAGUAAGCUGUUCAUUUACCGAUUCUCUCGUCGCGAACUAGUCCCUGAGCGAUGGAUUCUACAACUUCACUCGUCGUCAAGGUGAGCUAUGGAGGUGUGCUUAGGCGAUUCAGGGUGCUUUUCAAAGCUAAUGGACAGCUUGAUCUCAACAUGGCUGGUCUUAGGGGAAAGAUCGCUGCUCUGUUUGACCUCCCUGUGGAUGAUGGUUUCUCUCUGACUUACUCUGAUGAAGAUGGAGAUGUGGUGGCUCUGGUUGAUGAUAACGACCUCUCUGAUGUAACGAAUCAGCGCCUUAAGUUCUUGAAGAUCAAUGUGCAGUCCAAAACCAACUCUAUUGCUCCGGAGAGUCUUCGUGGGAGUUCUACAGCUUCUGGCAUGCCUGAUGGUCAAAACCCGGUUUCGAUAAUCCAGAAGGGUAUAAAUGAUGUUAUGAUGGCUGUACCUAACCCGAUGCGUGAUACUAUUUCCAAGGUGUGUAUUGACCUUACUUCUAAGGCUGCAUCUUCGAGUCCUGUUGUUGGCGAGCUGUUUGAUUGCAUCUCCAAGCUAGGGAAACUCUCAAUUACUCAGGAAGGAACUCCUUCUUCAUCUGUUACUAAGCCUGGUUCUUCAGUUCCUUCCCCUGGUGAGAAGAAGGAUGUCUCUAAGAAGUCAGAGACCGGGAAAAAGGCGGCUAAUCCGAAUGAACCCACUGGAUUUACCCAUUCGAAGACUUCUGGUCGUGUACCAAUCUCAUGGGGAGUGGGUGCUAGUUUCAACGAGUGUCCCUUCGGUGGCGGUAUCGUAAAUGGAUCAAGUCCAAAUCCAAUGAACCUCAACAAGUAUCCCAUGGGGAUAUGUCAACCUAAAGUCUUCCAUAAGGGCAUCCAAUGUGAUGGAUGUGGAGUUGUUCCAAUAACGGGGACUAGAUUUAAGUCGAAUGUGAAAGAAAACUAUGAUCUUUGCAAUAUCUGUUUUUCGGUGAUGGGUAAGGAUGGGGACUACACGAGAAUGGAGAAGCCCGUCUCAGUUCAAUGUCCACACCGCUUUAGAGGACAACUUACCCCAAUUUCAAAUCCGUGGUUGGGACCUGUGCCGCAACCACACCAUGGAGGCUCAAAUUUCAGGAGUACUUGGCCUAAACUCGACAGUCGCUUUGUGCUUGAUGUGAAUGUACUUGAUGGAACAGCUGUUGCUCCUUCUGCUCCAUUCACUAAGGUUUGGAAAAUGAGUAACAAUGGAUCGCUGGUGUGGCCUCGUGGCACACAGAUAUUCUGGAUCGAUGGGGACAGAUUCAGCAACUCAUUGUCAGUUGAUUUACAGAUUCCAGCGGAGGGUGUGCCUAUCAACGGUGAGCUGGAUGUGAAAGUUGAUUUUGUUGCACCAGAGUUACCUGGUCGAUACACUUCUUAUUGGAUGAUGGCUUCCCCUAUUGGUGUUAGGUUUGGGCAACGUGUUUGGGUGUCCAUAAACGUUGAUGCAUCGUUGAAAGGAACUGUUGCGAAUGAGUUUCAUGGACUGAACUUGAAUGCCCUACCUGAUGAAACAUUUGCACGAGAGUUUACAGGGACCAACGUGAAUUAUGAGCUAGCUCAAACCGGCAGCUCCAGUGUUAACGGGACAGUGAAAGGCGCUGAUCUAGAACGAGAAGCUUCUGGGUCACAGAUCCCGGGAAACGAUGACCUGCUGGUUGGUGACGUUGAGCCUGUUAUACCCAACACUCUUACUCCAUCUUCAUCUUCGUCGUCAUGCAACAUAAUUGAGGUCCCAAAUAUGCGUAAUGUUGAGACGUUGGGCGGUGCUUAUUCAUUUUCAAUGGACAUUCCUGCUCCUCUUGAAGAGGAUAUAGAGAAGAACGAGGUGGAGAUAAGCAUGCUAAAAGAGCUAGAGGAAAUGGGAUUCAAAGAGAUUGAUUUGAACAAGGAGAUCUUGAGGGAGAACGAGUACGACUUUGAGCAGUCUGUUGAGGCACUUUGUGGAGUAAGCGAGUGGGAUCCUAUGCUAGAGGAGCUUCAGGAAAUGGGAUUCUGUGAUAAUGUGACGAACAAGAGGCUGCUGAAGAAGAACAAUGGAAGCCUUAAAGGCGUGGUGAUGGAUCUCCUCACUGGGGAUAAGAAGGAGGCUUAAUGUUUUUAUUUUUAUUUUAAUUAAAUAAAAUCUGAUGAAUGAUUAUGUAGUGUGGUUGUGUUUGCGUCGCUAGCAUUGACCUACCAAUGCUGUUUGUGUUGGAUGGAUGAUAUUUACUAUCAGAAAUUUAAGUAUUAAGACUUGAUGAUUUCUUCUUA